UAUUAAUACUAAUAAUAAUAGUAAUUGUAGUUGGUCAACAACAGCAACAACAACUCAUCAUCAUCAUCAUCAUUCUCAUCAACACUGUCUACAACAACCACAAUCUAGUGUAAUGUUUACAACAAAAUCAGAUCAAGUUUCAGCUUGUUUAACUAGAGAACAUGUGAUUGCAUGGUUAACAGCUGGUCUGUUUACUGUUGGUGUACUUGUUAGUCGACAAGUUGAUGCAGAUGAAUUAAUUCCAGUUUGUGGUGUAGGUCGUCAAAAUACAAAUGUUCUCGGUGCAUUUAUUAUUGGACCUCAAACUGUUCUCAUUACUUUAGGCGGUAUUGCAUUCAUUAUUGGCUUCUUAUGUUUAUUACCAUGUUUUCGUAAACGUAAAUGUUUUCAUUGGUCACAUGAUCAUGUGAAUGGUAAUCAGUCAACAAGUCAACCAGCACCUUUUCCUAAACAACAACAACAACAUUAUCAUUAUGGAAUCGACAAUGCACAAACUGUUGACAAUAAUUUUGCAUUUACUACACGACCUGUGCUCCACAAAGCUCGUCACCUUCAUCCUCCUCAUCAUCAUCAACAACAACAACCUCUACCUCUGAAUAAUCAUCAUUCACCUCAUUAUCAAAUGAAUUCACAAUCACUUAAUAAUCAUUCGUCAACUCAACGUUGCUAUCCAACUUAUCCGCAUCACCAAUUCUGGCCUACAACAACCAUGUCGCCACCAUCCUAUUCUUCUGCAUCCUCCUGUGAUCCAAUGGAAUUUCGUAUUGGUCUAUUCUGUUUUCUUUAUUUAAUCCCAUUGAUUUGUAUGAAUGCUUGUGAUUUAUAUGAAUAUUUAUAUCGUGAUACAUGGUUAAGUGUUCCCGGUUAUCGACAACAACUCCCUGACACUAGCAGUAACAAUCAUGAUCAUAAUCGUAAAUUAACAAGUAAUCAAUAUGAUAACAUUUAUCGGACAGGAAAUUAUCCAGAGAAAAUCAAUUUUGCAUCAUAUUUAUGGAAUGCGAAUGAGGUGUAUGGUCCAAAUCCAGAAUUAUUUAUGUUACGUAUAUUUAUGUCAUUAGUCACUGGAUUCACUUGUAGUUUAUGGAUGUGGACUGUGAAAGGUUGUUGUUGUUGUUGUUCUACUUCUUCUUCAACUUUUUUCAACUAUGAUUGUUGUUUAUGUGUAACAAAUAACAUUGGAACAUUGAAACAAAAAAGGCGGCAAAAUCAAAUUUUGUUACAAAAUUCAAAAUUCUUCGAAUUAACUAAACAAAACUAUUUACAUUCAAAUGAUAAAAUUAAUCAUUAUAAUAAUAUAAUACAUAAAUCUAAAUUUACACGAACACCUGAAGGCACUACUUAUACAUUGCAUCCAUAUGCCAUUUAUCAACAUACAAAAACACCAGACAAUUAUCAUUCACAGCCAUUAGACAUAGAUGGACAAUUGGAGCAUCAUCGAUUGCCAAUCAUUGGUUGUUUAAAUAGUACUAUUACUAAUCUUGAUCGAAAAAAUCCUACCAAUCUACCAGGUCUAUUGACUAAAGGUCAAUUAAGUCAAUUAGAUACAAGUUUUGUGCCACGGGAUUGUGAACAUUCAACUGCUACUACACCAGGUUAUUAUAGUCAUGCCAAAAUUAGUCCCAAUAUGAUUAUUGAUUCAAUGAGUGAAGAUGCAUCAGCGUCAUCGAUCCCACCUCCAUUACCUCCAUCCAAUAAUCGACCACCACGUUUACCAGCACGUGGUGAUCCAUGUGUUGGAGCAUCAUCUAGUCAAGUAUUUGGAUUUAAUAAUAAAAUGAAUAUUGACAAUUUAGAUAAUCAACUGAUUAAUCCUGUUGUGAACAAUACCAAUAAUAGUAGUGAAACAGAAGAUUAUAGUUUAAUUCAAUAUCAAAUGACAAAUUAA